AUGGAAACCAAGCACUCCCCAAGCGCGAUGGACUUAGAGUCCUCUGUUGGACUACUCGACGGUCAAGAACCAGAUUCCAGCGCGUCCAAGGAGCUCGAGGAAUUUGUGCGAUCAGAGCUUUCUGUCGGCAAGAAGAGAUCACUGCGAGCAAAACUUGUCAUCUUCGCGCUCCGAUUCUUUGUCGGACUCAUGGCAUUCAUAGGAAUCAUGAAUACGGUCAACUCCUUGGUAAACAUGCGCGUCGAACGAUUCGUUCCAUCAUACGACAACCCCAAACACGCAGCCGAAUAUUCGAAUCACCCUUGCUACUGUGGAGAGAGCGUGGCAGAAGCUCUAUCCAAAGGAUGCGUCUUCGAUGAGUUGUCGACAGCCUGGCUGCCAGAGCGCUGCCGAGACGAGGAGCUUGCGGCCGAAUUUGCAUCAAAGGGCGACGGUCCGAAUGGAACAUGGCUGUACUGGGCAGACAAGGAGCAUACACAGCCGUUGAGUGUCCAUGACAUUUCAAUGUACGCAGACCUGGGUACCCGUCACUUGUUCCAUAUGAGUAUCCAGUGGCAUCGGCAACACUGCCUGUAUUCUUGGCUCAAGGAACACCGUUUCAAGACGCGACCUGAUAAGGUCUUCGAUCCGCGGUCCGACUCAGACGGCCAUAUCUACCACUGUAUGAUGGUCUUCAACAGCCCGAGAGAGGAGACGGAAGCUGGUGCGGUCCUCGAAGUCUAG